CUCGGUCUACCAGGAGGCAAACAGAUGGUGGGUAGCAAAGGACACAGCAAUACCGGUACAUUUCUGUGCUGGGCAUCGUAGGAGAUGCAGAUUCCCAGCUGUAUGUGAGGCAUCCUGUGUGCUGGUCUCGUCAGCCGUGCCCUGGCAGCAGCGCCUCGCUCCAUCACAGACAUGCCAGUAAGUAGGAGCGCCCCGCGUUCGCAGUCCCCCGCUCUGCAUGCCCGAGGUGGCAGUGAGCUGAAGUCAGCAGCAGAGUACGUGAAAUCCCGUCUGCCUGAAGUCCUGAAACAACAUCUUCAAGACUACGAGAAGGACAAGGAGAACAGUGUGUUGUCUUACCAAACAAUCCUGGAACAGCAGAUUUUGUCAAUUGAUCGAGAAAUGCUGGAAAAAUUGACUGUAUCCUAUGAUGAAGCAGGGACAACGUGUCUGAUUGCACUGCUGUCAGACAAAGAACUCACCGUGGCCAACGUCGGGGAUUCGCGCGGAGUCCUGUGUGACAAGGACGGGAACGCUAUCCCCUUGUCACACGAUCACAAGCCCUACCAACUGAAAGAGAGGAAGAGGAUUAAAAGAGCUGGUGGUUUUAUCAGCUUCAACGGCUCGUGGCGCGUUCAGGGGAUCCUGGCCAUGUCCCGCUCCUUGGGGGAUUACCCUCUGAAGAACCUGAACGUUGUCAUUCCCGACCCCGACAUUCUCACCUUUGACCUGGACAAACUGCAGCCAGAGUUCAUGAUCCUGGCGUCGGAUGGGCUGUGGGAUGCUUUCAGCAACGAGGAAGCUGUGCGAUUCAUCAAGGAACGCUUGGAUGAGCCGCACUUCGGCGCCAAGAGUAUAGUCCUACAGUCCUUUUACAGGGGAUGCCCUGAUAAUAUAACAGUGAUGGUGGUGAAGUUCAGAAACAGCAGCAAAACAGAAGAACAGUAAUUACCAGUGGUUCUCCGCCUCACUCCAAACUGACAACAAACUCUUACGUUUUAAACCUAGUAGAAAGCUCUAGUAAAUACCGUUAAGAUUCUACACAAAAGGAACAGAUCCCUCUGGUCUUUGUUCUUUGCUUAACAAAAGGAGCAAUACAACAGAUACGUUCUGAGCGAUUAUAAGAAUUAAGUUUGUUCACUUAUACCUGUCUCCUGUGACCUUGCUGCUCCUUAGGAACUAACUGUAACCUUCCGUUUCAGAGUUUGCUUUCCGGAUCCUCCGUAGGCUUUCCGUUCGGUCCCUUACCUCUCG